AUGGAUUCUAGUAAGAGCUGGGAGCACAAGUCACUGCUAACUGAGAUCACUGAAGGGAUGGAGCUAGCAAAACAGUUGAGGCUAAGUCUAAGUGCAGCAUCUUCAUCAGACACCAGACAAUUUUUAGUGCAGAGGAUAUUGUCCUCCUAUGAGAAAGCCCUUUUGAUACUGAACUUCAGUGGGCCGGCUCAAAGUACUGCGGGUGCAAUAGCCAGUGUGCCGGAGUCUCUUGUGUCAGCUAACGCAGGUCCUUGUUUUGAUGACUAUAACAAGAGUCCCAAGGAUCAUCAGGACCUCACAGAUGUCUCCAAGAAGAGAAAGAUCAUGGCCAAAUGGACAGACCAUGUAAUGAGAGUUAGCUCUGAGAAUGGGAUUGAAGGACCUCAUGAAGAUGGCCAUAGCUGGAGAAAAUAUGGACAGAAAGACAUCCUAGGAGCCAAACAUCCAAGAAGCUAUUACAGAUGCACCUACCGAAACACGCAAAGCUGUUAUGCUACAAAGCAAGUGCAAAGAUCAGAUGAAGACCCCACGAUAUUCGAAAUCACAUACAAAGGAAAGCAUACAUGUUCUCAUGGUAGCAAUUCAGUUCUACCACCACCAUCACCAGAACAGCAAGAACAAAAACGAAACAAGCAAAAUAAUACUUCUCACCAACAGCAGUCUCAAGGAAACCAAAUGAGCUUUCCGACUAAUCUGAGAGUCGAUACCAAGUUCUUGGAAGACAGAGAGAACAUGGCAUCUCCAUUCUCUUUCACUUCAACUUCAUUUGGAUGUAUGAUAGCUGAUGAUGCCUUUCUAUCUUCAAUGCUUGAUGAUAACAACACUUUCUUUGACAACUUCAAUCAUUCAUUGCUAUCUCCAGCCGCAGGCGAAUCAAACUACUAUUUGAUGCCACCAAGCCAGAUGAGAAACAUUGCAGGAAACGAGCAACUUUCAGAAUGUGGUCUUACUGAGAUCAUCUCAGCCAACAAUUCGUCAACCAAUUCUCCAAUUCCAGACAUGGAUUUUCCACUGGAGCCAGUGGAAAUUGAGCCCAAUUUCCCAUUUGACACCACAGGAAUUUUCUCAUAA